AUGAAAGAGUCAACAACAUUAGCAAAAUGCAAAACAUUAGUGCAAACUAAAUUAAAUUUUUCUGUGGCAUUAAAUAGUUCUUUUACAAAAAAAAAAUCACAGGAUAAUUCUUUUUUUACAAAUACCAAUAUCAGUACUAAGCAAGUAAGAAAAUCAAAUUUUAAAAAUAAAACUCCAGGCAAUCAAAAAAUUUUAACACUUCAAGAAUUUUUGAAAGGUUCAAAAUUAGAAAAAAUAGAUAAUUGGCAUGUUUAUUGUCAUUAUUGUAAUACUGGUCAAUCUAUUAAAUUACAUCAAAUUAAUGAUAGUUAUCGAUUAUGGCAAUAUCUCAAAACAAAUAUGCAUAAAGAAAAUAUAGAACAUGAAAAAGCAAAUCCUUCAAAAAACACUUGCACAAUAUGGAACAUCAAAGAUAACUAUAAAAUUUUAUGUAAUGAUGAUCUUUUUGAUAAAAAUGUAAAAGCAUAUAGAUAUAUUCAAAGCAAACAAUAUGAAAGAUAUACAACAUCCAAAUAUUGUUCUAAAUGUAGUAUUUUAUCACAAUUAGAAUCUGUACAAAAAAGAAAUCAAUGUUAUCAAGAACUUAUUGCACAAAUUGACUGCUUGUUUAUUUUAAAAGAAGAACAAAAAAUACUUGCAAGCUUUAUUUUAAAAUUUGGAAUUACCUGGACACAAUAUGAUAUUAAUAAACUAUAUAAAUUAGUAAUUUCUUCAUUAAAAAAUCAUCUUGGUAAUACAAAAUCAACAGAGCUACAACAACUGCAUAAAUAUGUUGAAAAAGAAAUAAAAGAUUAUAUAUAUUAUAUAACAAUUAAUAAGUACUCUGCAUUUGGGCAUAUUAUUGAAACUGUUGAAGCUCAUAGACUUGAAAAUUAG